AUGGGUCAGAGCGUGAGCUUAUGUACCCCUCGAUGGAUUGACGUUCAAGGCGUAAAAAACUUUCGAGACAUCGGUGGAUGGCCCGUGCGCGACGGCAAUGGCUAUAUUCGGGAGCGUUUCGUGUUCCGAUGCGGCCACUUAGUGAAUGCCACGCAAAAAGGCAAGGAUGUCUUGAAACAAUUAAACGUAGUUGCAGCCUUCGACUUCCGCUCUGAUCCGGAACUGGAGCGACAGGGUAUCAUGCCUGAAAUAAACGAUUUGACUCGUUACCCAUCAGCAAUUUUCAGCAAGGAUGAUUAUUCGCCUGCUGCCUUGGCUACACGUUGGCAAGGUUACUUUGAAGGCGCUACCGGGUUUCCCAAAGUAUACAUGAUCAUUUUGGAAAAGGGUGGUCCUCAAUUCCGCAAAAUCUUUUUGCAUAUGCUCGAAAACCAUUCUCGUCAAUCUACAAAAUCACUUAUUAUCCAUUGUACUGCUGGCAAGGAUCGCACUGGUGUAUUCAUCAUGUUGCUACUCAGCUUAUGCGGCGUGGAUGAUGAAAUCAUUGCUCAGGAAUAUGCCAUGAGCAACCUUGGUUAUUGGGAAGCGGAAAGCGAACUGCAAGCCAAGGCCGACAUGUUGGGUGUCACUGUCAAGGAUAUGCGUAUGGUCAUGUCUGCUCCGUAUCUAGCAAUGCGUGAGACGAUCAAUUGCUUGAAGGAGAAAUAUGGAUCUACCGAGGAAUAUAUAAAGACCAUGUGUGGACUGAACAAGGAACAAAUAGAAGCUCUGCGUGAUUUGAUGAUCGUGCGUAUUCCAUUUGAGGAACGCCAGCUUUUCCGUCCAAAGAUCUAA